AUACUGUAAGCGCCUUUCCUCCACAAGUUCACCAUAAACAUCUGACCAUCCUGAGAGACAGAGAUUUGAAUCUACUGGCUGUGUGUUUAGUAGACUGACACUCUGUAGAACAAUGCCAGUAAGCAUAUUAAAUGCUGAAAAUAGGAACAUUUCCUGUGAGACACCAGAGGGAGCCGCGGUACACAUCCACAUUAACCAGCGUUCUGCCUUGGACUGUCUACUGGAUACCAUGCGGAUGCUCAAGAGCAAAAGAGAAUCUGACACAAAGCCGGCCAAUCACACUUCAUCUGCAGAACGUCUAGGAGUCGGGAUCUCCUUGAUCAGUUUGGGCUGCAUCAGCGUCAUGCUGGCUAUAAUUUUAUGUGUUGUGAAGCCAUGGCUCAUCAUCUUUUUUAAAGGCACCCACUUCUGGGUAGGAUUUCCGUUCAUUAUAUGUGGCGCACUGAAUGUCGUGUCUUACAGAUGUCCAAAGAGAUGCUGGGAGGCACUUGCUUUCAUCAGUCUCUUGGUCAGCCUAAGUGUCUCUAUUGCAGGCAUGAUUUUUGCAACUAAUGAUCUUAUCCAAGCCUCAUGGAAAGACGACUAUCCUUAUCUCUGUGAAAGCCUUCUCCGUGGGAGAAACAGAUAUAAUUAUGGCUAUGUAACACCAAGACCGACCAUAGAUUACGAUAACUGGGAACUGAAAAGAUGCAAGAUGGGAUUUAAGCAAUACCAGAGUCUGUUGCAUGGCUUGGUAAAUAUGACCCUGAUCAUGAUGGUCUGGGGUAUCUGCAUAUCUCUCAUUGGUCUGGGCUGUAGACUGAAAGCUUUGUGUUGUGGCUGCACAAAUGAGAAGCCUGUUGAAGAGAGAGACAAUUCCCUUGUGCCGAAAACCACUACUGGGGAGACAUUCAUUGCUUAGAGAGAAGAUGGAUUCUAUGCCAAUAAUCUGUCACUUUUACUCUCUCAGUGACAUCACAUAAAUCUUAGCCAUGAAAUCAUGAGUCCUCGUGUGACCUGUUGUUAAGGCAAUAAAAAUCACUAUCAGUUUAUUCACAAAUAAUAUAGAACUUAUAUAGGAAUGUAACCUCUUACCCUAUGGUGGUCAUUCCGAGUUGUUCGCUCGGUAAUUUUCUUUGCAUCGCAGCAAUUUUCCGCUAAUUGCACAUGCGCAAUGUUUGCACUGCGACUGCGCCAAGUAAAUUUGCUAAGAUGUUUGGUAUUUUACUCACGGCUUACAAGGUUUUUUCUUUGUUCUGGUGAUCGUAAUGUGAUUGACAGGAAGUGGGUGUUUCUGGGCGGAAACUGGCCGUUUUAUGGGAGUGUGUGAAAAAAUGCUGCCGUUUCUGGGAAAAACGCGGUAGUGGCUGGAGUAACGGGGGAGUGUCUGGGCGAACGCACCCAGUGUUCGUGACGUCAAACCAGGAACGAAACUGACUGAACUGAUCGCAGUGGCAGAGUAAGUCCCGAGCUACUCAGAAACUGCAAAGAAAUUUCUAUUCGCAAUUUUGAGAAUCUUUCGUUCGCAAUUUUGCUAAGCUAGGAUUCACUCCCAGUAGGCGGCGGCUUAGCGUGUGCAAUGCUGCUAAAAGCAGCUUGCGAGCGAACAACUCGGAAUGAGGGCCUAUGUUUCUGCUGCUAGAGCUCUUGUGGGAAAAGGAGCUUUGUAACACAGGGGCAGAUUUAUUAAGCGUGGUGAAGUGAUAAAGUGGAAGAUGAUAAAGGACCAGCCAGUCAGCUCCUGUCAUUUUUCAAACACAACCUGUGACAUGGAAGUUAAAAUCUGAUUGGCUGGUCCUUUAUCACCUUCCACUUUAUCACUUCAUGGGAAAAAAAAUUGGGAUUGUCCUUAGUAAAGCGGGAUACAUUGAAGCUAUGCACAUGCUAUGCACUGUUUCUUUUCUCUACUUUCAAUAUUAAAAUUUAUUUUUAUUCUGGCACCAAAA